AUGGAGUGCGAAGUUCCCCACUUCUCAAUACAUUUGUUGGGGGUAUCCCUUGGACCCUCAGCACCCUCAAAUAUGGCCGCCGCUGUAUAUUUAAAGAAUUUUGUUAGGAAGCAUUGGAAAAUAGCUUGUCCGGUAGAUGAAAUGGCUGAAAAUGAGCCGGAUGCAUCACAGGCUGCCGAUCCAGCCACCAGCGAGCUGAGCACAGAUGAGCGCAAAGAUCUAAAGGGGGCUCUUCUUGACGCCUUGCAAAGAGGAUGCAUUAAUGCAUCAAUUUCUCAAAUCAUUUCAGAAUCGAUCUCUCAAAUUGCGAUAAGAGAUUUUGUGCUCGGAAAAUGGCCCGAGUUUCUUCCCUUCCUUGCGGCACUAUUACAACAAGACGAUCCGCUCAAACGGUGCUGUGCGUUGCAAGUGUGCACUUCUACAUUUUCUCGCUAUCGAUACGAGUUUCGAACUGAUAGUCUUUUCAGAGAAAUCAAUGCCGUCAUGGGAUCCAUAGCUGCUCCGUUGCUUGCCAUAUUUAUCGGACAACACGCGCAUGAUAAGAGCUUUUUUCUUCGUGAGCAAAGACUUCUAUUGGAGAUAUUUUAUUCGCUCUCCGCCCAAGACAUUCCUGCGUUUUUCGAGGAAAAUUUCGGCACUCAAAUAGUGCCUGUCAUUGACCGAAUUCUUUCCGAGCAGGGGGAUGAUCAGGAGCUGGUUCAAGUACAAGUUUCUGCAUGCGAAUUUAUUCGGCUGUACGUUGUGCGCUAUGAAGAAGAGGUUGGGGAAUAUCUGGUGCCUUUAGUCAUCUCCAUACUCCGAUUGCUGUCCUCUUCUAUGGGCAGUUCCUCUACUCAGGAGCUGGUCGUAAGCGAGGCACUGGGCGUUGUUGCAGCAGUACUUCGUAAACCCCGCUUCAGAGUUCUCUUUGAUGAAUCCUCAAUGCUGGCCGCAGUCAUUGAGCGCAUUGUGCUUCCCUCUUUGCUUCUGCAGGAGGCUGACGAAGAAGCAGUUGGAACAACGAUUUCUGAAGCCACCGAUUGGAUUCUUGUUCAUUUUGGGGACGAGUUUGUCUCUGGCCAAAAGAAAGCCCUUCAUUCCCAAGGAGAAUUGCGGCGGCGGCCUGCUGCAGAAGAGGUCCUACGAGCCCUGAUGACGGCAUAUCCUGAACCGGUCAAAUUGCUUCUUGAGCGCUUUUUGACUACCGCUCGUUGUAGCGCAAAUUGGCGGCUACGAGAGGCUUCUAUUGUCAUAAACAUCUCCAUGCUUCUUCCCGCUGUCAAGGUGCAAACCACACUCGCAGCCACCAAUGUUGCACCAGCAAUCACAAACAACCCUAACCCUCAAGCAGUGAUCGUUUUGGAACAUGAAAUAAUGCCGCUUCUUGUGGAGCUCCUUCCUACGUUAUCCAAUGCCUGUGCUCCCCUGUCAUCGCCGGCUGCUUUUCUUGCAUCAAUGGCGCUUCGUUUCUGUACUUGCUCAGUUGACGCUCUGAAAGCUCUUAACCCUACUCUUUUUCGAUUGCUUGUUAAUUUGGCAAUGAAAGAUCUUUUACGUAUUCGGAACCCAUUAGUCCAUCUCCCUGCUGCGCUGUUUUUGGAACGUGUAAUUUCUCUCAAUUCCGAAGAGAUUAUUUCUCCAAUAGAGCGAGCCUUGGAAACCAUUGUGGCAGUGGUCAAGCUGGUGGAGGAGCAAGUGGUUUCACUUUCCCAUGAACCUGAAAUUAUGAUGCGCUUGAUGGCGCAUCUGUUAUAUCACUCGAAAGGACGAUUGGAUCCCUCGGCAUUGGAUGUGCUUAUUCAAAGCCUUUCUGUGAUAAUAGCACGUUGUGGGCCGUCUCCAAAAAACCCCUCGUUUACACGAUGGACUUGGGAGGCGUUCGGACUACUUGGUGUUUGGUGUCCCAUUUGUAGGGAUAAGCUCCUUGGUUGCCCUGUCAGCCUAACGCUUCAAGAAGGUUAUGCAGACCAUGCAUCUUAUGCAUUACUUCUUCUUGGGGUUCUUCUCGGAGCCGGAGUCAUUGAAGAGUCUAGACCCUCCCAAGCAACACUAGCGCUUGCACGUGAAUUUCUACCAGCGCUACUUUGCUCUGAAACGUGGCAACCUGGGCUUAUGGGAUCGCUUGGCCGUGUCCUGGAAUCAUAUGUGGGUUCCAACCUGCUCGGAACAGACCACUACCAUGCGUUUAGUACACUGUUGACAACGGUACUUUUAGCGCCCGGCUCGUCACCUCUCAAGCUAAUGGCAGGAAUCAGGGUUUUGCGAACGAUGCUUGCAAACAGCGGCAAUUCAAUUGGACCUCUCAUCUUCCAUGCGGUUGUUUCCCUGUUUGGACGGCCACGUCCGGAAGGGGUCCGUCGGCGACUGGCAAAACCCCUUGUAAGGUUGUUCAUCCAUGCUGCUGCCGCUUCUGCAGUUGACCUUGGGGCGUUGCUUAAGGGCCUAAAUGAUAUUCCAAGUUUUUUUUCGCUCGAAGUGCUUGCAACCCCCACAUCGAGUGGAAGUGGAGGCGAAGCACUAGGACUUUUGCGACUGUGGCGCAGCGCGCAGACAUUGGGGCUACAGCUUAUUCCGCUUGCUGAGGCAAGUAUUUCCGCCGUGUGUCAGUUCAAAGACAAUGCUACCAAUAAUGUUGACUACCGCAAGGGCAUUUUCCCAGUGUGGAGCGCCACUAACGACAUGAGUGGUAGCAUUCGAUUGAUGGCAAGCGAUGCUUUGGACAUACCUGAGCAUAUGCUCAGUGUUGUUGCAGUGACAAUUUCCCAGCUCGAACAGGAGCUUAUUUCGUGCGUGCAGAUGUCUACCAAGGAGCUCCUCGAUGGUCUUUCCAAGGAAACUCGCGCUCAAUUGGCCCACUUUUCUAGAUCAGCGUAUGUAUGUAUCCAGUAA